AUGGAGCCACUUUUUAUUUUCUUCUUGCUUCUUUGCAAAAUCUGCGAAGUGUUUAAUGAUGUCAAAACCUCAGAUAUUAUUGAGGAAACUGGCGUUAAGACAGCUAAAGUUGGACAGACUCUGACUUUACGCUGCUCCUGUCAGCAUGAGGCUGUAACUUCCUUUCUUUGGUACAAGCAAAGUCUUGGAGGUAAACCUUGUAUGAUAUCAAAACGUUUGAAGAACAGCAAAGAAGCCAUAAUCUCCUCAGCAUAUAAAGAUAGAUUUCAAGUUGUUUCAGGGCCAAAAGAAGGACUCAAUGAUUUAACAAUCAAAGACCUUCAGCCGUCGGAUUCUGGGAUGUAUUACUGUGUUGUUUUAGAAUUCAAUGCCAUUGAAUUUGGACAAGGAAUCUUCCUUCGUGUCAAAGCAGUUUCAUCAAACUCCCAGUUGCCUAUUCAACAGUCUACGUUGACUCCUCUACAAAUCGGAGAUUCACUAAAUCUGAGCUGUAGCCUGUCUGCUGAACCAUGCAAAGGAGAACAGAGCCUUUACUGGUUGAGACAUACUGCCUCCCAACCCUCACUCAUGUAUCCCAGUGCAAAAAGCUGUAUAGGUCUUAAAAAUGGACCCCUUCAUGGUGUUAAUUGCACUUCAAACCUUGAGUUAAAUUAUGUGAUGUCCUCGGAUGCUGGGACCUACUACUGUGCUCUGGCCUCAUGUGGGAUGGUUGUAUUUGGAGAAGGAACAAAUGUGGAGAUUUUAGUGCAUUCUCUCCUGGUGUAUUUCCUGAGUGUGGCCCUCACUUUCUCCAUUAUUGGGCUCCUUGCUUUGUCUUUCCUGAGACAUAAACUAAAGGCCAAGCUAUGCUUGUCCUGCAAAGGGACUGGUAAACCACAGUCUUCUGGAGCCCUUGACGUCACUGUCAGUGCGGAAAACGAGACAGAAAGUCUCCAUUAUGCUGCUCUGGAUCUAAAGAGGAGAGUUGAAGAACAGCAGCAAGAGGACAACGCUGUGAGCAUUUGUGUGUAUUCCAGAGUGAGAAGCAAAAAAGAAUAAAGCAUGCCUUUCAUGUCUGAUCCCAUUGGAAGGAACAGCCUCCAUCAUGCAUGAAACUAUAACAUAUAG